UGAGACACGGCCCAAAUGAAGCCCCAGAUUACCACUGGACUUGACCCUUGGUUAGGGAUGAUUGUGUUACUUUACUUGCCCACCCGCGGAUUCGAAUUUCAAACUGUCGUACCCAGCAGGGCCAGCAGCCGGGCUUACUUCCACAAAACUAACACAACCCAACAACAAACUAAUCCCAAUCGCUUCUCUCGUUCACCAAUGAAGAACAAAGCAAACAACAACAAAAAGAGACACGAGUUGAAUCAGUUGAUCAAAGAAGAACAAGAACAUGUCAUGGGAGACAUCGAAGAUUUGUUCAGCGAAGAGGACACCAAUAGGAUAAGGUCGUCAUUGUUGGAGUGGUACGACAAGAACCAAAGAGACCUCCCUUGGAGAAGAAGAACAAACAAAAUCAGGAAAUGGCAAAAAUGUUAAAAAGAAGAAGAAGAAGAAGAAAAGAGGGCAUACGGGGUAUGGGUUUCAGAGGUGAUGCUGCAACAAACAAGGGUUCAGACUGUUAUUGACUACUACAACCGUUGGAUGCAAAAAUGGCCCACUCUUCAACACCUCGCUCAGGCUUCUCUUGAGGAGGUGAAUGAGAUGUGGGCAGGGUUGGGAUAUUACAGAAGGGCACGUUUCCUUUUGGAGGGAGCUAAGAUGAUUGUUGCUAGGGGAAGUGAGUUUCCAAAUACAGUUUCCACCUUGAGGAAGGUUCCCGGAAUAGGAGAUUAUACAGCAGGAGCAAUUGCUUCUAUAGCAUUCAAAGAGGUAGUGCCUGUGGUUGACGGAAAUGUGGUAAGGGUGCUUGCUAGACUAAAGGCUAUUUCUGCCAAUCCCAAAGACAAAACUACCAUCAAGAACUUCUGGAAACUAGCAGCUCAACUUGUAGAUCCUUCUCGACCUGGGGAUUUUAACCAAUCUCUCAUGGAGCUAGGUGCAACCUUAUGCACUCCAUUGAACCCAAGCUGCUCUUCAUGUCCCAUAUCAAGCCAAUGCCGUGCAUUAUAUAAUUCCAAAAAUGAUGAGUCAGUUGUGGUGACAGAUUAUCCUACAAAGGUAGUAAAGGCGAAACAAAGACAUGAUUUUUCUACUGUUUGUGUUGUAGAGAUAUCUGGAAGCCAAGGUACAUUGCACCAAAGACAAUCUGACAGCAGAUUCCUUCUCGUAAAGAGACCAGAUGAGGGUUUACUUGCUGGUCUUUGGGAGUUCCCUUGUGUUACAUUGGAUGAAGAAGCUGACCUAGCCAUGAGGAGGAAACUAAUUGAUCAAUUACUGAACAAGUCAUUUAAACUUAACCCCCCAAAAACUUGUAGCGUAAUUUCUAGGGAACUUGUUGGGGAAUUUGUCCAUGUUUUCAGUCACAUUCGCCGUAAGAUUUACGUGGAGUUGCUGGUGUUACAUCUUAAAGGUGGGAUGCAUGACUUGUACAAAGAGAAGGACAGCGAAACCAUUGAUUGGAAACUUUUGGACAGCGAUGCUGUUUCUAGAAUGGGAUUGACAUCGGCAGUACGGAAGGUAUACUCUAUGGUUCAAAAUUUUAAACAGAAUGGAUUAUCCAACUGUUCAAUCCCAUCAAGAAAAAGACUGAAGUGUUCAUGAAUUAAGUGGUGCAGCAGUCUGACAAUUCAUUGAUUCAGCAAGAAAAAUUCUGGAGAUUGCAGGUUGUGCUCUCUGUUGACAACUUAGUUAAUCAGUUGUACAACAUGCAUGUUAUCAGCAACUGCCGAUGUCUUCAUGAUAGAUGUGUCAGCCAUCAAGUGUACAUUCAAGACGUGGGGAUGCCUCCAGAUUUUACCUAAGAGAAGGAAAUUAUUAACAACAUUUAGUUGUCAUGAAAAAAGUCCUUUCUGUGUUUGCUAUACUUCGUGUUGGGUUAGCUGAAUGCUUAGUUUGCAAUAUCAAAGCACAUUUGUUUU